UGGAAGACAUUGUUACUCCCUAAAUUUUUGCUCCAUUUCUUCCUUCCCAAUCUGGAUAGAAGAGACCUGGCGAGGAGAGGGCUGAGAGGAUGGAGGUGUGUGCUGUGUUUAAAGGGAAGGGGAGAGGCGGGUGGUCAGCAUGAUGACAAGAUGAAAGAGGCCAGGUAAGGAGGAGACAGAGGACUCUCCUCUUUCCCCUCUCCUCCUCCUCGUCUCCCUCCCUCUCUGUGACGUAGCGUGUAUGAGUGUUUGCAGUGUGUGUGGGUGAGAAAGCGAAACAGGUCGGCGGUGCCUCAGCAGACUGUGAACCUGCACAGGAGGAAACAGCGUUCUUCAGACUGAGAUCGUUCCAGUUGAGUGUGGUGUAUUGAAGAGAGACAGACACCUUCAGUUUAAGCUCAUCUUCAAGUGGAUAAAAUCUUGUGUGGUCAACUGAAGUACCAAACACUAAAGUCCAUGGGAGUCAGGGCCUGUAUGCUUCCAGCCACCAUGGUAGAAACCAUUGCCUGACCUUCUCAGUGACACCCUACGACAGGGGAGGAUGGGUGAUGGGCCCGUGAAAUUCACCGAACUUCUUCCUAUUUAUCCCAUCCUCUCAUGGAGCGUCCCGUUACACCAAGCCCCACCUGGAACAAGUCUCUCUCCACAUUUCCAUCCUCACUACAGUCAAAUGUUUCUAACGUGACUGUUCCCAUCACAAGCAACCAAAGUGGGAUAGAUCUGCAUCAGUCAUUGGCACUGUGUGCUAUGCUCAUCAUGGAUGUUCUCACAGUGGUGGGGAACUUGGCUGUGAUGGUUGUCAUCACUAAAACUCCUCAGCUGCGCAAGUUUGCCUUUGUGUUCCACCUCUGUCUGGUGGACCUGCUUGCAGCGCUGUUGGUAAUGCCAAUGGGAAUGGUGUCAGACCGGAUCCUGGUGGAUGAAGCACUGUGUCGGAGCUACCUCUGUUUGAGUGUGUGUCUAGUGAGUGCUGCCAUCCUCACCAUUUGUGCCAUCAAUGUGGAGCGCUACUACUACAUUGUCCACCCAAUGCGUCACGAGGUUAAGAUGACUGUAGCGGUGGUGGUGAUGGUACUGGUGGGAAUCUGGAUUAAAGCUGUUGUCAUGUCAAUACUGCCUCUGGUAGGAUGGCUGAUCCAGGGAACCCCGACUCUGGGUACUCCUGGAAUCCUUGUUACUGGUCAGAGACACUGCUCUCUCCACUGGACAGGAGGCAGGACCACACGUCUGCUUUUCAUGGUCUUCUUUACAUUAAUCUAUUUUCUAUGCCCUAUGCUAAUCAUCUUGGUGGUCUACUGUAAUAUGUUUAAGGUAGCCCGAGUAGCAGCCAUGCAUCAUGGCCCUCACCCCACUUGGAUGGAUACACCACGACAAAGAUCUGAAUCUGUCAGCAGUCAUUCCACUAUGGCAGCAAGCCUUGGAGGAACUGGUGCACGAACAACCCCUCAAAGGACCUUCAGUGGUGGGAAGGCCGCAGUGGUUUUAGUGGCAGUGGGAGGUCAGUUCUUCUGCUGUUGGCUGCCAUAUUUCUCCUUCCAUCUCUACUCAGCUAUAGUGUCCACCCCUCCUACCUCCCUGGCACAGCUGGAGAAUGUGGUCACAUGGAUUGGCUAUUUCUGCUUCACCUCCAACCCCUUCUUCUAUGGCUGCCUAAACCGGCAAAUUCGUGAGGAGCUGAGCCGUCACCUGGCUUGCCUUUUCAAGAGAGCCGGGCCCAGCGAAGGAGAACAGCUGCCCAGCCGUGAGGCUUCUAUUGAGGAAAACUUUUUGCAGUUCCUUCAGGGCACUGGAUGCAAUCUGGAGCCCUGCAACUCUAACAGCAGAGCCAGCCCUGAGGAGCCAGAGACUGAGGGCCUUCAGGAAUCAGCUGUUGAGCAGAACACGCCAGCUGACUUCCACAUCCCAGGGCAGAUCCUUGAGGAAACCGCAGAAUUCAUACAGCAGCAACAGCUGAACAAUGAGCUUUGUGUCUCAGAAAACUGCUGCAAAACUGUACCAGAGCUGUAGCUGCCUUAUGUACUGUCUUUUUUGCCAUCGAAUAUUCCAAUAAAUAUGUUUAGUUUUAUUCAUAUUUUCUAGUAUUUGUUGUUCAUGCUGCAACAUGCUUUGAAGAUAAACACACACACACACACACACAACAACAACAACAAACUGCAAAACAUGGUAUCUUCUUUGAAGAAUUUAAGUUAUGUAGCAUUUCAGUGAAAGGUAUAUUUGCAUAAGUCUCUUUGCAGCAUUACAUAUUUUGGAGCCAUAAUGCGUCAGGCUUGUGUUAUGCCAACAGACUGAUACAAAACCCAUGAUGUGUUGGUCACAGUUAAAUUGAAGUGACAAAUUUUUCAAAGUUUUUUUUAAACUAUUGGAGCCACUCUUCUGAGUGACUGGUCCUCCUCUGUUCUAAUAUGCAUCCUUUCAUUUAGUCACUCACUUAUUCACUUUUAAAAAUGAGGCUUCCCAUCCUCAUUUCAACAAAAUCUUUAAAUCAUCAAUAUGAUUUUAAUCAUAAAGCCAAUGCGCAAUCUAGCAUUGUCAUAGCACACAAUUUCUAUAAGAUUAAAGUAGCAUUAAAGAGGUUGUACCCUAGUUGCAUUUCAGUUUAUUUUAAGUUCACUCAGGUUUGUGUCUUCAGAGCUAAAUAAGCCCCUUGACAAUCAGCUCUAGGUAAACCAGUAAAACAGAAGGCUCUCUAUAGUUUAUCACUGAUUUAAAAACAUCACGAAGUGGCCAUAGAACAAUCUUUACCCUGAUUUAUGAUUGAGACUUGUUGUAGCUGCAGCUGUAAGUUUGAUCAGUGAGUGAAUUAUCUGUUUUCACCAUGUAUUUAUUCCACCUUUGCUUCCAAAACCAUCAUGAAAAUAAUGCAUAAAUGUUCCUCAGUAUUUGCUAAAGAAUAUUCAGUGAAAAUUAAAGCAAAUAUGAGCGAAUGAGUUUGAUACAUUGAAUGUGCUGAAGAGGAUAAUUUCACAUCUGCUUCUGCUGCUGGUAUUUAGAACAAACAGGCUGACAGUGUAUUUUUAACCAUUUUCCAGAAUGUUAUUAUCAUGUUUAUCUGUUCUAAGUCUUGUGAUUAUCACCUCCUCACCAAAAUGGGAGACUCGUGAUUUCAGCCCCCUCUACUCAAAGACAAACACUGAGGCUGGUUUAGUUUGUUUGACGGUGGUGGUGCUCAGAGUUUGGGUUGCAGCACAUUGAAAACAAAUGGAAUAAAACAACUGGGAACAAUUUUGGACAAGCAGUCUGCAUUACCCGUUGAUGUCUGAACUGUUUACAGGUAAACACAGGAGGAGUGUGAGUGCUCCUGUGUUUGUGCAAUAAACAACCAGGCUUGUUGUGGCUACACACAGUACACAGGUGUGACAAUGCUUACACAUGGAAAGCUUUACCUUUGGCCCCAUUUAGCACAAAUGGGAGACACUGGAGUCACUUUCUCUGAUCUCAGGUUGAAUACAAACAGUUUGCACAUGUCACGCGAGCAGUGACAAAUGUUCCAAAGACGAUAACAAGGCACAAUCUUCAAAAAGAAGAAGAAGGAAAAAAAAAAACAUCUAAAAAGAAACCAGCCAACUAAGAAAAAUAAAAGAAAAACACGUAUCUUGGGUCUCUUGUCAUAUUUUCUCUUCCCUGCUGCCUUUAUCUAUUUUGGACUGUCUCAAACAGGACGGUUGGCAUGAUCACAAGAUUCUCGACCCAAGGCAUACAGGGGGGGUCCAGAUCUAGCUGGGAGUCAGAACAACAAAAAGCUCCCUUUGUCAGGGGGAUACAUAACGUUCUUAAUUUUCUUGCUGUAUGACUUUGUUGAAGACUGUUUUUCAAGCAGCGCUGUCAUGCCAUCUUGUUUUAAAAUGUUUGCUUUGCACCGACAUGUGGCUGGAAUUUAGUUGAAGUAAAGAGCAACGAUGAACACUGAGCUGAUGUGAAAUCACUGCCAUGGUCCUUAAUGUUCCUCUGAAUGUUUGUUUUUUUAAUUUAUUUAUUAGUAAUAAAACUAUUGCAUAAGUUCAUUUUAUGGCAAAAAAAAAUGCCUUGAUUUAUCGCACCAGCGGCUGUGAACAAGGAUUUAAUCUCCUUAAACAGCAGCAAAACUACCCCGAGCAAUCUCAUGAAAUGCUAUAAGCUCUGUUUCUGUUGACUGAAAAGAUGGAGAUCCAGUUCUGAAGGUGAAAGGUGGACAAUACUUCCAGCUUUCAGGAAUCUUCAUGUUCACUGUAAAUCACCAGCCAAGUGGUUUUUCUUUCUGUAUCUCUUUUUAUACAAGAAAGACUGUUGGGAUUUCUUUCUUUCUGUUUGUCAAAACUUCCUCUGUAUAUUUCCCAUCAACUGAAAUCAUU